AUGCCUGUUUUUGCCUACUUGCCAUCAAGAAGCGCAUCGCAAGAGAUGCCACAAUCGAAUCCUACACCACCUCCGGCAGUGUCUCCAGAAAUUUCUUCUGCAAAAACUCCGAAACUUCCUGCAUUUUGGAAGGAUGAACCAGAGGUUUGGUUCCUUCAAGUUGAAGCAAGUUUCUGUAUUUGUGGAAUAACUCAAGACACUACCAAAUUUGAAUAUUUGGUAAUGAAUUUGGAGGAAUCUGUAUUAUUUUUGGUUAAAGAUAUAAUUAUUUCUCCACCUACAUCUGGUAAAUAUGAAACUCUAAAAGAGCUCAUAAUCAAAUCAUUCGCUGAAUGUGCAGAGCAUCAACUAAAACGAUUACUAAGUGGUAUGGAUAUGGGUGACCAAAAACCAUCCCAUUACCUUCAACGUAUAAAAUCUCUUCCCAACGGUAAAGUUAGCAGUGAUAUUUUGAAAACACUGGAAUGUUUGUCGGACAAAGUUAAGAGUAUUUUAGCUGUUUGUGAAACAAAUGACGUUGAUAAAUUAGCUUUCCAAGCCGACAAAAUUGUUAAAGCAACAUCCAUGUUUGUUUCUGAAGUAUCUACGCCUCAAAAUGCAGAUAUUUCGAGUAAAUUGGACAACUUUAUUUCUCGGAUUGAUGCUCGCUCACGUUCAAGUCAACGCACAAAUUCUUCAUCUUUUAGAGCUCGAUCUCGUUCAAGAGGGAGUUUAACAAAUAGAAAGGAGUCAGGUUUAUGUUGGUACCAUUGGCGUUUUGCUGAAUAA